GGGUUUUUGCUUGUAUAGCCACUCCAAUCAGGCAUCAUGAAACUGUUGAUCUUGGCUCUGUUCAUUGCUGGUGCCUACGGAUGUGGGCAGCCCACCUAUAAACCUCUUGCCUCAAGGGUGGUGGGUGGAACUGAUGUUAAAGCAAACAGCUGGCCAUGGCAGGUGUCUCUCCAGUACCAGAGUGGCUCCAGCUUUUAUCACACCUGUGGUGGGACCCUGAUCGCCAAAGACUGGGUCUUGACCGCUGCUCACUGCAUUGGCAGCCGAACUUACAGAGUCUACCUGGGCAAGCACAACCUGGCCCUUAGCAGCGAGUCCGGCUCUCUUGCCAUCUCUCCUUCCAGGAUUAUCGUGCAUGAGAACUGGGACUCCUACAAUAUCCGCAAUGACAUUGCCCUGAUCAAGCUGUCAACUUCAGUGACUUUCACCGACAAGAUCUCACCUGCUUGCCUGCCUGAUUCUGGCAGCACCCUGCCUCACAACUUCUCCUGUUACGUCACUGGCUGGGGACGCCUCUGGACCAAUGGUCCCAUUGCUGAUAUCCUGCAGCAGGCUCUGCUCCCUGUUGUGGACUACGCUACCUGCACUAGGUCUGACUGGUGGGGCAACCUCGUGACCAGCCUCAUGGUGUGCGCUGGUGGAGAUGGAGUUGUGUCCAGCUGCAAUGGUGAUUCUGGUGGCCCUCUGAACUGCCAGAGAAGUGAUGGCACCUGGGAUGUUCACGGCAUUGUGAGUUUUGGCUCCAGCUUGGGCUGCAACUACCCUAAGAAGCCCUCCGUCUUCACCCGUGUGUCUGGCUACAUUUCCUGGAUCAAUAAUGUGAUGACCUCUUAUUAAAGUGUGGAAAGUGUUGUUACUUCAAAAUCAUCAUUAUCAUCAUGAUUAUCAUCAUCAUCAACAACAACAACGAAAUAUGGAUUCAAUAAAUUUAUCUUAAAAAACUC